AUGGCCACCGAGGCAUUUAGGAGCCGAAACUGUUGUCAUUCAUUUGCCAGGAUUAGCGACUCAGCCGAGGAGAUUGAGGAGAAAUGCCGGAAAGCGGUCAGUGACACCGAAUCGCGACUCACGUACAGUCCUGACACCCGACCGGCCAUCAGCAAUCUGAUUGAUCUCUACCGUGCUGUGACAGGCACAAGUAUAUCAGCUGUAGAAGAAAGCGGUUGGGAUCAGUUCGAGCUGAAAAAGCAGUUGUCGCGAGCUGUAGCCGAGCGAUUCCUACCGAUCAGAGAGAAAUUCCUGUCGUUGGAGAAAGGAAAAGAGGUUGAUGAAAUCCUAUUCGAGAAUGGGAAAAGGGCACGAUCGAUUGCCGAACAGAAUAUGGACGAGAUCCAUCGGAUUGUUGGUUUUUCAUAG